AUCGAUUCAUUGCCCAAGUCAACUUUGCGCCGUCACGCGAAGUUCAAAAAGACCUACGAAAAGGCCAAAGAAGCAAUGGCAGGAAAAAUUGAUAUGGAAGACGAGAAGGAAUCGACAAGAGAGAAUGGCGCCAGAGAAAGCAGCCAAAAGCGGAAGGCCGGAACCAUUGAGGACGUGUCUCCCCCUGUAGAUAAUACUUMUGUCGACCGAGAUGAAGAAAUUGUGAAAGCGCCGACAAAAAGACAAAAGCGCGAAGGAAAUCCCGGAGGCGAUGGCGAUGCCGGUGAUAAGGAUAGCUCUGAGGGGGAGGGAGAAAACAACGGCAAGGGCGACAAGCAAUUGCAURCCGGUGGUGACGAAGAAAAAGUUGAUGAUAAAACUGAUCUAUCUCCCUUGAAAAGGGGAGAUGCCGACCACAAAGAUACARCAUCAAGAGAAGAGAGAGAUGAUGAGGAUGGUAYCAAUGAUAURAAAACCGAAACCGGAGGAGAAAAUUCAAAGGUCAAGGAUGGAAUAAAUGGGAUUGAACACAAUAAUGAUGGCACAAACAAUGAUUUGGAAACUUCGGAGAACGAUGGCCGUGAAUCUUCGGUGAAAAUGAAACAGGGAGAYGGCAACGAGUCGUCGCAAGGUGCACCGUCAUCUUCUUCUCCCAGCACAAAUGAGCCGAUGGGAGAUACUCCAUCCGAUAAAAAGAAGAAUACGACUACAACCAACAUAUACGACUCGCUCAAAUACAUUAUGGUUCGUAAUGAUGGAAAGCCUGAAUCUCUCAUCAAAUUGGUCGCGCUUAAAUCACUCUUCUCUCGACAACUUCCAAAAAUGCCACGCACAUAUAUUGCUCGCUUAGUCUUUGAUCGUAGGCAUACAUCCCUCGUUAUUCUCAACGAUGAUCCKGCCACUAAGGAUACCGACGAGGAAGUAAUCGGCUCUAUUUGUUAUCGCGCUUUCCCGGAAAUGCGCUUUGCCGAAAUCGCCUUCUGCGCCGUCAAUGCUUCUCAUCAGGUGAAGGGGUAUGGUACCAAGUUGAUGAACCUCGUCAAGAAGGAGGGCGCAAGGACCGGUAUCGAAUACUUCAUCACGUACGCAGAUAACUAUGCCAUCGGAUAUUUCAAAAAACAAGGGUUUACGAAAAGCAUUUCCAUGCCCAAGGGGCGGUACCAAGGUCUCAUCAAAGAAUACGACGGCGGCACMAUGAUGGAAUGCUACGUCCAUCCCUCCAUCGACUUUACCCGCAUUCCGGAAAUGCUGGCCGCCCAGCGCGAAUUCAUCUUGAGUCGCAUCCGCCUCAAGGCACAAUCCCACAAAGUUGUCUACGACCCACUUCCGAAGAACUGGAAGCCCAAGCUGGAAGGGGCUUCCAGGGGCAAUGAGGCAGCUGCGCGUGCCCUGGCUGUUCCCGGAAUGAUAGAGGCCGGAUGGACCAUGGCUGAUUUGAUGGCGGCGACCGGGCAGGGCAAGGAUCUGGACCGAGCCAAGAAUCAGUUGAAAAGCGAGCUGCUUGCGAUAGUUCGAAAAGUAGAAGAGCAACAGUUCUCGUGGCCGUUUCGAGAACCGGUGGAUACCAACGAGGUCAAGGACUAUCUCGAUAUCAUCAAGCAACCCAUUGAUCUCCAAACGAUCGAUAAGCGCAUCCGGAAGGGUGAUCAUUACAAAUCAAAAAAAAUGCUCUAUGCCGACUUGAUGCURAUGGUCAACAACUGCAAGCUGUACAACCUCGAAGCCAGUACUUACGUGCAUUGUGCAGUGAACCUCGAGCGGUUUUUGAAGAACUUGUUUGCUUCGAAAUAGAUUUAUGCACUUCGAUAGCAAGGAAGCAUUUCAUGCAUGGUUCUGGAUUGAUUCACAGAUGUCGCCGGCUUCCACUAUAAGAAAUGCGGAAAGUCGAGAUGGGGAGGGGACUCUUAAUCUACGGCAGGAGAGAGAUUUCUGUUGUUGAAUAAUUCAUCAUAAUUUUA